CUUCACCUCACCUCACCUCCUCUCGCAGCCACCUCCACCACCUAUUAAAUCACAAACACAAUGGCUUCUACCACCCCCUCAGAAGGCUUCCCCUUCCCCCGCGAAUACUUCUUCCCCGCCUUCUUCACCCGCCAGCCCAACCUCACCAUCCACCACGCCCAGCUCACCAAAUGGUCCUCCCUGGUCCUCGCCUACGCCCGCCACCACCGCAUCUUCCGCCUCGCCCUCUCCGCCGCCGCCGACUCGGACCUCUUCUACAACCGGCAGCUCGACCGCCGCCUCGCCCCGCCCGACAUCCGCGAGGUCGUUGAUUUCAUGCGCAAGGAUGGGAGGGCAGAGUAUCUGCAGCCCGGCGACGCUGCUGCGGCGGGUGCUGGCGCUGGCGCUGGGGACGUGGUGCUGAUAUACUGGCGCAAGCCGCAGGAGUGGGCGGUGUUGAUAGAGGCCUAUGUGGACGAAACAGCGCAAAAGGGAAGCGUGCUGACGGUAUAUGAGCUGACCGAGGGAGAAAAUACGCGAGGAACUGAAUUCCACGGCAUGGACAACGGCGUACUCAUGAAAGCGCUAAACAUCCUCGUCAAACGCGGCAAAGCCCAAAUCUUUGGCUCGGAAGACUCUCUUGGUGUCAAAUUCUUCUGAGGCAGCCCCCUCCAUCUCUAAUUAACUAAAGAAGAAAAAAGUAUAAAGCGAAAAUGCUGCGAAAAUGCAGUCCGACAAUUACCUCCAUGACCAUCCAUGCACAAGGGCCACUAUCGACUAAUUUGUCCCUCCCACCAUCGACUCAUGCUUCCUUCCUAAACUCCGUCAUGUACAUGCCUCAUAACAAGAUGCGUCCACUGAAUCUUACACUUGAAUCGGCGCCUUACUCUGCCUCGAGCAGAAACUUCUUAUCAAACCGCACCUGUUGAGCCAUCGCUACGUCAAGGAGCCAGUCCGGUGACACCACCCUGGGCUCCAUGUGGCCAUUUAUUGCCAUCUCCUUGAAGCGCUUCCACAGUUGCUUUUCUUCCGAAGUAGUGCCGCUCAGAAGGUACACUGGCUCAGGAGGUGCAAACCCAUCUUGCUCCGCGGUGGUUGGUUUGAUAGUCGUUCCGCUUCGUGCACGAUAGAUCAUAAACAUAGCACCGUUCGCUUCUGCAAUCGCGCGAUAGCUCUCGGGCCCAUUUUUGAUCUUAUCAGUACAGUAUAUGGGAAUGCUUCGAAGGAGUUUGCCGCGGUGGGCCUUGGCCCUGGCAACAGAUUUUUCGAGAUUAACGUCGUACUUGGAUUCGGCCUCGGCAUCUUUGAGGAUAAAGUCUUCCACAUCCUGAAGCUGGCCCGUCUCGAGAGUUUUCUCGAUAAAUGUCGAAGAGAUGACAGUCGGUCCGCGUGCUAGGGCGCAUAGGAAUUUGACUGUCCUCACAACAUGUGGCGCUGCUAGAUAGUCGCAAGGUUGACCCUCCUGGACAAUCUG